GUGAUUUUGUUUUGUUGCUGAGACGAUGACGUGUCUGUUUUGUGGUACGUUACAGUCGAAACCGUAUUUAUGUAAUAUCUUUGGUUUAAGUGUUAACCUAACCUCACAUCAGCUGUAAAAAAAACAACAACAACUAUGUUGUUGUACUAAUUGUACCAAGUAAAAACGCUCGUGACAACAACGUAAAACUGUGAAGCUAAUUGUGUCUAGCUAUCCUUUACGAAUUAGCUAGACCUUGGUCACUGCUGGCUGUACAUGCCAAAAUGUAUUUUGUGUUGUUAAACUAGCUAUAGAUCCACUGUCGUAUGUUUGCAAGCCGUAUGAUAUUUUUCACUAGCCUGCUGAGGAGAGGACUCUGUGUGAAACCAUUCUGGAACCAUCGUUACCAAAACGCUUCGGUGGUAUUACUGAAUGAGGUUGUAUUCAUGACUGCACUGUCAGAUUUGGAGCCUGCUAAAAAGAGACUGCGGGUUGAAUUUGGCCUCCAAGCACCUGUCGGCUCAAGGAGCCCUCUUUCAUUGGCUUUUAAAGCAAGUUCCAAAGAGGCAAGUCUACACGCAAUGGAGGGGCAGCAGCAUAGUGCCAAAGCAACAUCUCUUAGUCAGAAAAACAAUCCCAAGUCCCAACAGAAUAACCCAGAUAAGUGGUCAUUGGAACUUCCCCAAAGCACCACAAGCCCAGCUUCUGACGUGUGUGAAGCUGCUGAACAACAACUGGAGGAUGUAGAGAUGGUGAGUCCAGACAGCUCCGAGUCUGGCUGCAGUCACAAGAUCCAGUUUAUGGAGACAGAGACCGAGGCCCAGACCCACAGUUCAGACUCUGAGGAACCUGUUGUCUCUAGUAUUAUAGACCUGGAGGAUGAAGAGACAGUGCCCUUAACACCAUCUGACAGCUUAAAGGAUCACAAGCCGGUCUCGCAAGUCACCACAGAUCACAAGCCGGUCUCGGAAGUGCCCACGGAUCACAAGCCGGUCUCGGAAGUGCCCACGGAUCACAAGCCGGUCUCGGAAGUGCCCACGGAUCACAAGCCGGUCUCGGAAGUGCCCACGGAUCACAAGCCGGUCUCGGAAGUGCCCACGGAUCACAAGCCGGUCUCGGAAGUGCCCACGGAUCACAAGCCGGUCUCGGAAGUGCCCACGGAUCACAAGCCGGUCUCGGAAGUGCCCACGGAUCACAAGCCGGUCUCGGAAGUGCCCACGGAUCACAAGCCGGUCUCGGAAGUGCCCACGGAUCACAAGCCGGUCUCGGAAGUGCCCACAGAUCACAAGCCGGUCUCGGAAGUGCCCAAGGAUCACAAGCCGGUCUCGGACCUGCCCACAGAUCCUAAAGGGGACAGUGAUGAGCAAAUGGAGGAGACCGUGAGCCAGAUCAACAGGCAUCUGGACAAGCAGCAGGACACAGAAAGAUCCUCCUCCAAGGGCCAAGGAAAAAUAACAGACUUCUUCGCCCCAUCCACAAGUGCCCAAGCUCCUUCGGAGAAACAACGCAGAGAUGGAGAGGACGGCCCUCCACCGUCGCCACCGUACGAUUCCAAGUGGCUGGGAAGCCCCAUCAGUGAUCUGAGGAGAAUGCCACAGUGUGGUCGACCACUCCCACCACUGAAGAAUACUCCUGACCAUCACACUGUCAUGAUCAGGACAGACCUCCUUCAAACAGGCAAAAUUCCUGUUCCCUACCCCAACAAGUUCAGAGACGCCUGGGACGAGGUCCACGUGAAAAUGCCCUGUUCAAAGAGCAACCUAUUCCCCGUAGGAAAUCAGGAAGUGCAGGAACGGUGGGAACUCAUCCAGAAAGCUUUAAACAGAGAAUUUUCCAGUUCCCAUGAUGUGAAGAAUGCCAUAUUGAAGUACAAUGUUGCUCAUGCCAAGAGAUGGGACUUCACAGUUCUUCAUUUGUUCUGCAACAAGGAUCUGGAGCCUGACGUCGUUCAUCAUCUGUUUAGGUCUCUGCUGCCUGAAAUGGUCCAAUUAGCACUGAGUGUGUCUGAGCUGUGCAACAAGCCCAUCCCUCUGCUGAAGGAAGGAAUGAACCACUCCAUCACCCUGUCUCAGAUGCAGGUGGCUUCUCUAUUGGCCAAUGCCUUCUUCUGUACCUUCCCCCGACGCAACAACAGGAAGUCAGAAUACUUCAACUACCCUGACAUCAACUUCUACAGGCUGUUUGAGGGCUCUUCCCCAAAGAAGAGGGAGAAACUGAAAACACUUUUGUGCUAUUUUCGAAGUGUAAUCGAGCAAAAACCUACUGGACUUGUGACGUACACAAGAAAGUGUUUGGAUCGGCCUCCAAAUUGGAAAAACUCCCAGAAUCAGCUCACCAAGCUUCACAUCACAUGUGUAGGAACCAUAGAAGACGACGGGCACGGCAUGCUGCAGGUGGACUUUGCCAACCGGUUUGUGGGCGGAGGGGUCACCGGAUCGGGUCUGGUUCAGGAAGAGAUUCGCUUCCUGAUUAACCCUGAACUCAUCGUCUCUCGCCUCUUCACUGAAGCCCUGCUGCAGAAUGAGUGUCUCAUCGUCACAGGUACUGAGCAGUACAGUACGUACACUGGCUACGCAGACAGCUACCUAUGGGACGGCAAACAUCAGGACAAGACCCCAAGAGACACCUGGCAGAGGAGGUGCACAGAGAUCGUAGCAAUGGACGCUCUGAAGUUCAGGAACUUCCUCGAACAGUUUCACCCUGAGAAAAUGAACAGAGAACUGAAUAAGGCAUACUGUGGCUUUUCCCGCCCAGGGGAGAGGAGUCAGGAUCUCUCUGCGGUUGCUACAGGAAACUGGGGCUGUGGUGUGUUCGGUGGAGACGCUAGGUUUAAAGCUCUGCUCCAGAUUCUGGCAGCCUCUGAGGCAGGCCGAGACGUGGCCUAUUUCACCUUUGGUGACAGCGCCCUGAUGAAAGACGUCUACGACAUGCACUACUUCCUCACACAGAGACACGUCAGCGUCGGGGCUCUGUACAGUUUGCUGGGUCAGUACUACAGCUCAGUGUGUCAGAGCUGCUUCACCCGCCGUCCUGACAUCAGCCUCUACUCCUUCAUCUACCAGGAGGCCAGCUCUGUCUCCCCCUAGACCAGAAACACACACGCAGGUCGGCUCCCCCUAGAAGAUCGGAGACGCCACGUCACACAGGUCGGCUCCGCCUAGAAGACCGUAGAUGCCACAUCCCCCCCCCCCCGGACACAAAACAAGCGCUGUGCCCCGCGAGAGAUUCCAGUGGAAGUUUGUCUUGUCAUUCUGCCACUGGUAGCUGAUACGCACAUGGAUAGAGAUUCAAUGUGUUGAGAUUUGUGAUUUGGAAUAGUAAAGCCAAAGGCUGUCAUCCAUCUUGUGAGUGUGUCAUGUUUCCUUGGUUUUACCCCCCCCCCCCCCCCCAUAAAUCCAGACUAAAUGAAUCAGUUGUCAGAAAUCCAGUUGAUGGAAAGAAUGAAUAGAGCCGUUCUUAGAGAGGAUUUAAACAAAUAAAAUAAACUUUUAAUUUGAUCAUUGGGAAAUGAUCUUUAGUCUUUGGCUGGUUACUCUGUUCUGCACUGGAGAGAAGCUGACUCUGUGUGGGGAUGAUCACUUAAAGUGUGUGCCGUGAUCAUUUAUUUUAUUUUCAAAUAUUUCAGAUUAUCAUGGCCCUAGCCAUGGUCCUCUAAGUGGAUAUAUUAUCAUGGCCCUAGCCAUGGUCCUCUAAGUGGAUAUAUUACCAUGGGCCUAGCCAUGGUCCUCUAAGUGGAUAUAUUACCAUGGCCCUAGCCAUGGUCCUCUAAGUGGAUAUAUUACCAUGGGCCUAGCCAUGGUCCUCUAAGUGGAUAUAUUACCAUGGCCCUAGCCAUGGUCCUCUAAGUGGAUAUAUUAUCAUGGCCCUAGCCAUGGUCCUCUAAGUGGAUAUAUUACCAUGGGCCUAGCCAUGGUCCUCUAAGUGGAUAUAUUACCAUGGCCCUAGCCAUGGCCCUCUAAGUGGAUAUAUUACCAUGGCCCUAGCCAUGGUCCUCUAAGUGGAUAUAUUACCAUGGCCCUAGCCAUGGUCCUCUAAGUGGAUAUAUUACCAUGGCCCUAGCCAUGGUCCUCUAAGUGGAUAUAUUACCAUGGGCCUAGCCAUGGUCCUCUAAGUGGAUAUAUUACCAUGGGCCUAGCCAUGGUCCUCUAAGUGGAUAUAUUACCAUGGCUCUAGCCAUGGGCCUCCAUUCAGUGGAUAUAAUACCAUGGCCUCCAUUCAGUGGAUAUAAUACCAUGGCCUCCAUUCAGUGGAUAUAAUACCAUGGCCUCCAUUCAGUGGAUAUAUUACCAUGGCCUCCAUUCAGUGGAUAUAUUACCAUGGCCUCCAUUCAGUGGACAUAUUACCAUGGCCUCCAUUCAGUGGAUAUAUUACCAUGGCCUCCAUUCAGUGGAUAUAUUACCAUGGCCUCCAUUCAGUGGAUAUAUUACCAUGGCCUCCAUUCAGUGGACAUAUUACCAUGGCCUCCAUUCAGUGGAUAUAUUACCAUGGCCUCCAUUCAGUGGAUAUAUUACCAUGGCCUCCAUUCAGUGGAUAUAUUACCAUGGCCUCCAUUCAGUGGAUAUAUUACCAUGGCCUCCAUUCAGUGGAUAUAUUACCAUGGCCUCCAUUCAGUGGAUAUAUUACCAUGGCCUCCAUUCAGUGGAUAUAUUACCAUGGCCUCCAUUCAGUGGAUAUAUUACCAUGGCCUCCAUUCAGUGGAUAUAUUACCAUGGCCUCCAUUCAGUGGAUAUAUUACCAUGGCCUCCAUUCAGUGGAUAUAUUACCAUGGCCUCCAUUCAGUGGAUAUAUUACCAUGGCCUCCAUUCAGUGGAUAUAUUACCAUGGCCCUAGCCGUGGGCUUAAGUGGAUAUAUUAUUUGUUAUUUUUGUGCCACAUACAGGAAAUAAUGUGAACAAGUGUACUUAAUGACACCCUGUCCGAUAAUAUAAUUAGAUUUUCAACUCUAAGUAGUAGUCUGACUGUAGGAAAAGUGAUUUAUUAAGAUAAUGCUGUAUGCCUCAACAUCUUAAAACAUUGAAAAGUGAGAAAUUGGUUUUGAAUUGUUUUGUGUGAUAAUGGAUUUUUUGUGGAGGGAUAAUUAAUUAAAAAUAUGUAACUCGUUUUAUA